AUGGCAAUAACUAAAGGUUUUAUGGCGUACCUUUUGUUAUUGUGUGUUGCAAUAUUCGAAUUAAGCGUUGUGAAAGGCGCAAGAAUUACAAGCUUGGAUUCGCGCACAACAUUUGAUGUGACCGAAUUUGGAGCUAUAGGAGAUGGGAUAACAGAUGAUGCCAAAGCAUUUAAAUCGGCAUGGGAAGCAGCCUGUAACAAAGGUUUGGCAACAAGUAAGGUGACUGUACCAAGUGGAAAAACAUUUUUGGUAUCUUCAGUCAAAUUUGUUGGCCCAUGCAAAUCAAGGUCCAUAACGUUUGAGAUAUUGGGAACCAUUGUUGCACAUCCAAAAGAAUCUUGGGGAAAUGGGGAUGUUGGUGAGUGGAUAAUGUUUCAUCAAGUUCAAGCUCUCUCUGUGGUGGGAAAUGGGCAAGGUGUGAUUGAUGGCCAAGGUGCAUCUUGGUGGCCCAAUGGCCGUGAAAAUAAUUCACCAACAGCAUUGAGAUUUUCUCAUUGCAACAACCUUCGUGUGAGCGGAUUGAAACAUCUGAAUAGCCAAAGAAAUCACAUUUCAAUAAAUGGAUGCAAUCAUGCAAAUAUUUCAAAUCUUCAUAUUACUGCACCUGGAACUAGCCCUAACACAGAUGGCAUCGACAUAAGUUCUUCAUCAAAUCUUUUCAUCCAAGAUUGUGUCAUGGAAACAGGGGACGACUGCAUCGCGAUCAAUGGAGGCACUUCUAGUGUACUUAUUUCAAGGGUCACUUGUGGUCCGGGUCAUGGUAUAAGCAUUGGAAGUUUAGGUCACAAUGGGAAAUAUGAUGAAGUUGAAGGAAUUCAUGUAAAUAACUGCACAUUUAUUAAGACUCAAAAUGGAGUGAGGAUCAAAUCAUGGCAGGGAGGGGCAGGAUUUGCCAAGAACAUCAUAUUUUCCAACAUAAUCUUUGAAUUAGCUGACAACCCUGUAAUUAUAGACCAAUACUACUGUCCUCACAAAACAUGUGAUACCAAGGUUGCUGCUGUGGAAGUGAGUGAUGUGAAGUACAUUGGACUCCAUGGAACGUCGGUGGCAAAGAACGCAACAAUAAACUUGAGGUGCAGCGAGACAGUGCCGUGUACGGGUAUAGUGCUCGACGAUAUCAACAUCGAGAGUGUUGGUGAACAAGCGGCUAAUAUAGCACAUUGCACCAAUGCUCAUGGAAGUUCUCGUUUUUGCAAUCCUCCUAUCAAUUGUGUCGAAUCUUGA